CGUUGUGGAGCACAGGCUCCGAACGCGCAGGCUCAGCGGCCAUGGCUCACGGGCCUAGCUGCUCUGCAGCAUGUGGGAUCUUCCUGGACCGGGGCACGAACCCGUGUCCCCUGCAUCGUCAGGCGGACUCUCAACCACUGCACCACCAGGGAAGCCCACAUGAUUCUUUUUGAAUUAUGGUUUUCUCAGGUUAUAUGCCCAGUAUGUAUCUGUAGACUUUGGGAGCACUUAUAAUAUUACUUUUACCGUCUGGGAACAUGCUUAAUGGGGUCUGAAAUAGUAUUUCUGAAAACUUUUAGUGAUUACUUUCAGACAACACUCUCCAUAAGUCUCCCUACAGCCACUCUAAGAAGUAACGAAAGUCUCCUCUCCAGCCUAGUUAGAUCCCUCGCAGUGCUUCUGGAUUUGUGGGGGUGGGACCACCAGCUGGAACCCUAGCUAGACCUCUGAGAACUACAUUUCCUAGAGGACAGUGCGCCGAGAGGCAGUAUGUCUAAGCCAAUGAAAACCCAGGGUAAAGACAUUCCUGCGCAUGCGCUUCUCAUCGGGGAGGGACUUCCGGCCGCCUCCUCGUGGCGGCCAUUUUAAUCGCUCUGGAUUUGUUCCAGAGCGCUCCGUGGGGGCUGAGAUGACUGAACUAAGGAGUUCCGAGUGGAGGUGUCCCCGUUGCACACAGGCGGGUCUGAAGUUCGGCGACACCGCCAGAGGUGUCCCGCGUCAGACCCUGGAUAAGGCCGGCCGUGGCUGGGUCCCCUCUGUUCUCCCGCCGCUACCGGCCCAGCUCCACCCACAGAGUCCGAAUGCGGUGGCGGCGCUAAGGGACCCGCCUCAGGGCAGUGUGACUUUGGAGGAUGUGGCUGUGUACUUCUCCUGGGAGGAAUGGAGUCUCCUUGAUAAGGCUCAGAGACACCUGUACCAUGAUGUGAUGCUGGAGAUCUUUACACUUAUAUCCUCACUGGGUUGUUUGUGUGGUGUAGAGAAUGACAAGGCUCCUUCAGGACAGAGAGUUUCUCAGGAAAGAAUGCCACAAAUCAGGACUCUAAAGCCAGAUCCGUCAACCCAGAAAGCUCGUCUCUGUGAGAUGUGUGUUCCUGUCAUGAAGGACGUUUUGUACCUGGCUGAGCAUCAAGGAACAUAUACUGGGCAGAAAUCGUGUACAUGUGUAGCAUGUGCAGAACAAUUCUGUUUCAGGGCAGAUCUUGACCAACACCAGAAGAAGCACAGUGGGGAAAAACCCUGCAGCAAGGGUAUGAACAGGACCUCCUUUGUGAAGAGCUAUGGAAUCUAUUUGUCAGGGAAGCCUUUCACCUGUGGGGAGGGUGGAAAGGACACUGUGGGCCUUUUCCAGUACCAGGCCACUCCCAAAGCAGUACUGAAAAUACACAGCAGUACUGGCUGUGAGGAGGCCUUUCACUGUGGAAAAAGUCCUUACAAGUGUGGUGAAUGUGGGAAAGCCUUCCGCUGCAAACGUACACUUGUUCAGCACCAAAGAAUUCACUCUGGAGGACUGUAUGAGUGCAGUGAAUGUGGGAAAACCUUCACUUACAAGCACACAUUUCUUCGGCACAAGACGCUUCAUACUGGAGAAAGGCCUUUUGAAUGCAGUGAAUGUGGGAAGGCCUUCAGUUUCAAAUAUAAACUUGUUCAGCACCAGCGUAUUCACACUGGAGAAAAGCCUUUUGAGUGUGCCGAAUGUGGGAAAGCUUUUGGCUGCAAAUCCAAACUUCUUCGGCACCAGAGAAUUCACACUGGAGCAAAGCCUUAUGAGUGUACUGAAUGUGGCAGACUCUUUAGACAAAGUUCCAGUCUUGUUCAGCAUCAGAGAAUUCACACAGGAGCAAGGCCUUAUGAAUGUGGUGAAUGUGAGAAAUCUUUUAGCCAAAGCUCCAGCCUCAUUCAGCACCGCAGAAUUCACACGGGAGAAAGGCCAUAUGAGUGCAGUGAAUGUGGGAAAUCCUUUAGCCAAAGCUCCAGCCUCAUUCAACAUCGAAGAGUUCAUACAGGAGCAAGGCCUUAUGAGUGCAGGGAAUGUGGGAAAUCCUUUAGCCAAAGCUUCAGCCUCAUUCUACAUCAGAGAAUUCACACUGGAGAAAGACCUUAUGAAUGCAGUGAAUGUGGAAAAUCUUUUAGCCAAAACUACAGCCUCAUUCAGCACCAUAAACUUCACACUAGAUAAAGGCCUCAAGAGUACAGCCAACAUGAGAAAGCCUUCAGUUACCAGUCUGCUCUGAUUCAACACCAAAAUCUCACAACUCAGUUCUAAGUUUUAGGAAUUCAGCUAAUGUGGAAAAAAUACCUUCUGGAUAAGGAAAUCUACAUAAGAUAAUGGCCUUUGAACUUCAGGGAAUUUGCUAUCUCUUUGCUCAGUGUGAUAGCACUAGAGAGCCUCUAUGAGGAGCAAUCUGCCAUGAGUUCCAGGUAUGUGAGAAAUUUUCAGGAGCGGCAUUUCAUAUUUUACCUGCUCAGGAACCUUGCCAUAAUUAAGUCACUGCCAGAUUCUGUGGCAGAAGUCAACUCGCCUCUACCAUCUGGCAGGUCCUCAUAGUGUGCAUCAGUCACCACAGCAUGCUCAGAGAAGACAGAUGUUUGUACUCUCUCUCCCAUUCUCUAGAGGAAAUCGUAGUCAAAGCCCCUAGGGAGUUCCCAUUCCCUUCUCUCUAACUAGUUAUGGCAUGGACCUGACCCAGUUUGGGACCAAAGGACCCAGUCUGGGAACUGCUGGUGGCUUGUAAAGUUUUCCUUCUUCUCGGCAUUGUUGGUCUUAGGGGUGAAACUUUUGAAGCAUUUUCUCUCCUCCAAGUCGCCAACCUGGGAACGAUCUUCUGCAUAUUGCUCUGAUUUGUACAAUAAUAAAAAUCUUAUUGUUUAAGUCA